UUGGUUGUGUUUGAUUAUGAAGUUGGAAUCGGGAAACCUUGAAAUCGCAACUCCGUAGACUUUGUCUCCUUCCGUUGAUUCUACGAACAGGAAACUAGUAAACACAGUCGCACUAUGAGCAACAAUCGAUCUUCGGACUCCCUCCUACCCACCGAAACCCUAGAACUAGACAGUGGCCUCUCCCUGGUCCCCCGCUUCAAGCUUAACCUCACCGUCCACCGCGCCGACGCCUCCGUCAAACCACUCGACGAAUGGCAACUCAAGCGCUCCUUAAUCGACUUCCUCAAAUCCUCAUUCUCCGUCAUUGUUCCCGAAGAAGACCUCCAUGUUCGUAAAUUCAAAGACAUCAAUAAACGCAAACGUGAGGAUCCCGUCGCUCGUGGUAAGCUUUUCCUUCGUCAAUUAGGUUUUCUAUCUAGCUCGUCCGAAGAUCAGGAAAAGAAGGUUAGGGAGUGGAAGAAGACGGUUGUUGCGAAGAUUGAUGGAAUUGAGUUAAGUCUUGUUGGGGUUAAGUUUAGGUUAACUGUUGAGAUUCCGCAAUCUGAUGAUUUUGAAGCAAUGAGGAAAGAGUGGGAGGAGAAUUUUGCCUUUGGUGGCGGAGAUAGAGGCUAUUAUAAGGGUAGAAAACGAGAACCCGACACAAUUGUGCUAAGAGGAGUUCCAUCACGUUGGUUUGCUGAGACAAGAGUUUCAUCUAAGCCUUCAAUUUUGGUCACUCAUACUAUUUUUUCUGCAUUAGGAAAGAUAAGGAAUCUUGAUGUUGGUGAAGAUGAUGGUAUAGGAAAAGAUGCAGAUGAAGAUGAUGAAGACAUAGUUCCGGGCCUCCAAUGUAAGAUUUUGGUUCGAUUUGAUGACCAUAACGAGUUUUGUAAGGCCUUGAAGGUGUUAUGUGGAAGAUCAUUACAAAAGGAAGGAUCUCGUUUGAAGGCUGAUUAUGAGGUCAAUUGGGACAAAGAUGACGUAUUUAGAAAUGCUACAAGUCAAAGCGAAGUCAACAAUAGGUCAAUGCCUAAAAUUGCAGCUGGGAAUUAUAAUAGAAGUGAAGCUAAUAGAUAUCAGCCGUAUGUACCUCGUUAUCCGCAAAAUAACGCACGCGCAAAACGCUUCAAGGAAUGAAGGGGAAAAAAUAAGAUUAGUUGCAUAUAAUGAAGCUGAAUGAAGAUAGAUAUUGGCAUGGCUUCCAAAGCUUUAUGUAAAUGUAUUUACUUCAAUUUUCAUAUGUGCAUUCAUCACUGCUCUUGUGGAUCGUUUCUUUCCAGAUUUUUGCUAAAUCGUUUCCGAUUUAAGAAGACAUGCUGAAUGUUGGGUUUUUUAUAUUGGGUUAAGCAAUCAAUAGAGAAACAUGUUG